AUGGACACUUCUGAAGUAGAAGUUCCAACGGGGUCGGAAGUUAAAAAUAUCAUCGGAAGAGCAAGCUCAAAUUACAAAUGUAGUUUAUAAAUAUAUUUUGUAUAGAGCUUUAUGGUUCAGGAAGAGGCUCCAGCAGAAGUUGAAAUGGAGAAAAUCGACGAGAUUUCAUCAGGAGCCGAGGCAGAGCCGGAACAAACGAUCGAGCCGAAAACUCCGGCGCGUCGUCGAGGGCGAAAGCCUGCGGCCAAAGUUCCAGCUACGCCGGUAGCUGAGGAGGCCGAAACUCCUCAAAAAGUUGAAAUUCAUGUUUUUUUUUAGAAAAAUAAUAAAUUUUUUUAGACAAGAGGCCGUAAACGCAAGACAGAGUGCAGCCGUGUCAGCUAACUCGACAUUAAACCAAACGAUUGCUUCCGACAUAUCCACGGUAGCGACUCCUAGUCGCAAAACAGGUUUUCGCGUGUAGAUAUUUGAAAAAAUAUAUAUUCUCUUUCAGCGAAAAUAACUCAAAGUCUCUUAUCUUACACCGAUUUUGUUCCAAACAUUGUGGGAGAUCGCGUUCUUUCUUGCGGAGAAGGUAAUCCAAGCUGUUGAUGUUCCGCAUGAUAAAGAAAACUCUCAGGCGAAGCUUUGGGGCAUCCGGGAAGAACAACAACGAAAAAGCCACGGAAGGUGGAUAUCGUGGAAGAAGAUGAAUUGAAAAUUGUCCAGGUGAAGAUCAGUAUAAUAAAAAAGUUCAUUUGAACGGAAAAUGAAACAAAUGUUUACUAUAAUUUCUUUUUUUUUUCAAGUUUCAUUUUUUCUGCGUCUUUCGCAAGUCACCUUUUAAAUUUUUUUUUUUUUGAAAUUCAUGAUUUUCGAAUGAAAAAUGAUUUUUUCGUCACAUAGGAAAAUUAAUAGAGAUGUUUUUAAAGUCAGUAAAGUCAUAGAAGUUUUGUUUCACUUUUUAACAUACUAAAUACUUUUCAAUAAAUUUUUUUUGCCUAGGAUUUUAUACUUCAAAUGUUAAGGUUGUGGCUGGCGGCGUUCAUUCUGCCAUUUUGUCCACUGAUGGAACGGUUUAUAUGUGUGGAAUCAACGAAAAAGGAACCGUCCCGGCCGAUGGUUUUCUUUUUUUCGUUAGUUUCAAGUGUGAUUGUUCAUUUUCUAGGAGUCGAACCCGAAGAAAGUACUGACGAGUUCACCAAGUUGACGUUCCCCGAUGAAAUCACCGCCGAAGGAAAAGUCAGCUUUUUCUUUCCUUUUUGAAGUUGAUCCAUUUAUUUGUUGCAGAUCGUUAUGCUGGCUGCUGGAGCAAGUUUCACAGCUGCCCUCACCGAUUUGGGUUCCGUCAUAGCUUGGGGAAACUUGAGAGUUCGUUUGAAGUAUAUUAUACUUCUGAAGUUGGCUAACUUCAGGACUCUUCCGGCGAAAUCGACGUUCACCCGCUUUUGCAUAAAAUGAAAGAAUCGCCGGUGAUUAUCGUGCAUCACAAGUUGAGGAGAAUCGUCAAGGUGAGGAAGUUGAUAAUAAAUUAGAGGCUUUGUUCUUCGAACAUAAUAAAAAGACGUUGAAAUCGUAGAAUUCAUUGUUUGAUCUUCAGUUUUCAAGCUUUAAACAGGGAUUGAAGCUGCUUCGAGAAAAAAAAGGAACGUCCAAAAAUAUAGGAAAAGAAUUGGUUUGCAUCAUUUUUGAGUUUAUUCGAUCUAAACUUUUGGUUCCUUUCUUUCUUUUUACUGGUACAAAAACGAAUGCAUACGAAUUUCAAAAAAAGUUCUAUGUCUCCACUUUUUUUAAAAGUUGUGUAAAAUAAGUUUACUUUUGUCAGGUGAGGUGAAAAAAGGGCAAUUUUUUUCAAUAUAAACUUUUCUCAAAAAAACUUUUUUUCAACGUCAUUUUUCCGUCCAGUUUCUCGCAGUUUUCUCCUGAAGCUUUUUAUUUUCGCUACCACAGUCUGAGCCAUAAUUUCGAAAGAUUAUUUGCAUAGAGAGGGACAUUCACGUCUUUAUUUCCCACAAAAAGGAAUCGAGCAUGAAAACGAUAAACAAAUACAACAUUUCAGAUUUGCGCCGGUGAGAACCAUUUGGUGAUGUUGGACGAGAAGGGCGAAGUCCUCACUUUCGGAGAUGGAACUAUGGGGCAACUCGGCCGAAGUUCUCGUACUUCCACUAUCAGAUCUAGUGAGAUUUUGGAUAUCAUCAAACUUUUAUCCCAUUUUUUCCGUUUCAGAGUUCAUGGUCAGCGAAUCCGGCUCAUCAUUGAUCGUUAGGAUGCGCUUUCGUGUCAAGUCGAAGUUCAUCGACGUUUUGGCGAAGGUUCGCUUUUUCAGAAGUUAAAAAAAGAACGAAAAAAAUAUGAAAACAGUUGCUGAAAAAAAGGUUAUUUGUUUGGUUUUUUUCGAUGAAAUGAAAUUUUUUUUCUCAUUAUUAUUCGAAUUUUGCUCACAAAGAAAUGUUCUUUUUAAUGGGAAGUCUGAUAUAUUUUACAAGUUCAUACAGAAACUUCAAAGUUCCAAACAGAGAAUCCUUAGAUUCGCUACCUAUUUGAAGACAUGAUUUUUCAAAGAUGUGAAGGAUUGGCUAGAACCUUUCAUGUGUUAAAUGCGGAAUUUAUUAAUUGUACUUCCAAUAAUAAAGGCUACCGGAAAAAUGACGCAAAGGAAGUGUCCAAAAUUUAUCAGCUUCCAGUUUGAGAAUGUUCCCUUGUCAGGGUCUCUGUUCACAUGCCCAGGUGUCUCAACGGGUGUACCCGUAUUAAAAUCGUGUUUUUCGAGGCCAUUUGAGUCUCAUUUGUUCAACAACGGGAGGUAUACGGGUGUAAGGGAUUACAGGGGACCCAUUAUGUUUAUUUCGAUAAUCAGAGGCCCAAAUGGGCUAAAACGGCACUUCCGCUGUGGUAAAAAUGCUAAAAGGUCUGAAAGCUUCGCUUAUACGGGUUUAAUACAAGUAAAUCCUUAAAGACCCCGUGUCAGCACGGCUGCUUAACCUCCUCAGCAGGAAAGUUUAGUGUUUAGGCUUAAAAGUAAGUUUACAGAACGUGUUCGCCAGUGGAUUCUGGACGUUGGUCCAUGGCGAGGACGGCAAGUACUACGCGUUCGGUCUGAACAACUACGGACAGCUGGGCAUCAAGGUGAAAGAGGAGACGACGGAAGACGUCGGCCCAGAAGGCCAGGACAACCGCGAGCUGCGCGUUCCUCUCCCCGUCGCUGCUCCUUCCUACGGCGCCGAGCUCACCUUCACCCAGGUCGACGGCGUCCAGCACAUCGUCGCUCGAGCCGAGAAUGGUAGUCCCUGGUUUAUAUGUAAUAAUGGAAUGAUCAAACUGAAGAUGAUGAGAAAAAGAGCGUUUUUGGCUUUCAAAAAAAGAUUCAGGUCAUCUUAAUUAAAUAAUUUAUUUGUUUUUUUCAAAAUCAAUAUUUUAUGGUCUGGUUACAGUGGAGUUCCAAUGACAGAAGUUCCUUUUUUCAAAUUUUGAAAUAAAUUUUCAGGCACAUUUGCCUGACCGCUAUAAUAUUUCUUCUUCAAAAAUCUAAGUUUAAGCUUGAAAUUGGCGAAAAGUUUUUUUAAAAAGUCUACCUAAUUUUAAAUUUCUAAAGUAUGAAUCUUUUUUUAAUUGUCUUUUUAUGAAUGUAAAGUAUUGAUCUAUCAAAAAUGAAUUUCGAGCGAUUCGGGAAAAAUUCUGGUUGAUCAAAUAUAUAAUAGUGAUAACAAAAUCGAGUCAAACUCCAAAAUACGUUUUGCUCAUCGGACAAGUCUACUAUAAAUUAUUCAUCACCAUCUAAUGGCAAAUUUUUUUAUGAAAAAUUGGAGCGUUCGACUUUAAAAAAGAAUACAGUAGGAUUUGGUUUCAAAUUUAUUUUUCAAUUACCAAAAGUGACAAGCUACAAAUAAGAUCUCAGCGAUUUCUCUAGAUAAUCAAAAAAAAGGUACUUACUCAUAAAAUUUCGUAAUGUUUUUUUUGGGAUCUAUUAGAAAAGUUUGUCUCUUUUUUUCAAGGGACUCACCAAAAAGUCUAGAAGAAAGUUUGAAUAUCUUCUCAUGUGAUUUCAGGUGACGUCUACGUGAUGGGCAAGAAUACGGACAACGCUUUGGGACUCGGCACGUGGACAGGCAAAGAAGACCAAGUCCAUUGGCUGUGAGUUGAUUGAAAAAAUACAAUUUUUCGUUGGAAAUGAACUCUGAGCUCUCAGGUACGAAACGAUGCAAAAGCUCGAGUUCGAGGAAGGAAAGAAGAUCGCGGGAGUCUCGGCGAAGUUGGCGACGUCGGUGGCGUGGACCGACGACGGCGACGUGUACUCCUGGGGCUUCGAUUCCACCGGACAGCUCGGCCUCGGCCUCAAGGACGACGACGACAAGGUUCCUGACGUCGCCCCACUUCUUGAUGACGUUAGUUCCUCUUCAGAUGGUCCCGAAGCCGGAGAAGGUGACGUCGGCACAUCUGGACGGCUUCCGCGUCGUCGGCGGCUCCAUCUCCGACCAGCACACCUUGUUCCUGGCUGUUAAAAAAGACGACAACUAG